GGGUGUCGACGAACAAAUUUCGUUCUCGUUCUCGUUCUCGAGCUCGAGCUUGUUUCCCGGAAACCAUCCACAGCGACGAUACGCAAAGAGAAACAGAACCACCCUCACGGGCCGGGAGCGAGAACUUACCACGCACCUAGUGGCAGCGCGAAACCAUGGCAGCCAUACAAGAGGGGAACGAUCGCAGCAAGGCCAACAGCGGCAACAGGAACAGCAACAGCAACAGCAACAGCAACAGCAACAGCAACAGCAACAGCAACAGCAGGUUCGAUGGAAUCGCCGAGGAGCUCCGCUUCCUCUCCGACCUCCACCGCAUGAGGGAACGGGGUGGAAGCGGCCCCGACGGGGGAAAACCGAGCGGCGGCCACCACGGCAAAACGAACGACGGCAACCACAAAAACGCCGGCGCGGGGCGGACCCGGACCCUAAAGCCCCGGCACGCCCCCGACUUUGACGACGGGGACUUUGGCGGAGCCCUCGGCGGGGAAACAGCAGCAGAGAAGAGGGACCGGCACCGGCGGUUUCGGCUCUUCAACGCCUUUGCCCGGUCCGUCUGCAGGAUCGGGGCCAUCCCGCGAAAGGAGGUCUUCGAGGCGUGGGCCAUGGCCCUGUACGUCCACGAGUGCUUCCUGUCGACGGAGGGACGUGGUGGCAACGGCGAUGGGAACGACAACAGCAACGACAACGGCGACCGAGGCCGUCCCAAGGUGCGAAGGUUCGCCGACCUGGCCUGCAGCCACGGCCUCCUCUCGUGGGCCCUGCUCCUCCUCUCCUCGCCGGAGGAAGGAGGCGGGGGCGAAAACGGCGGCGAGACCGAAGUCCACGAUGCGGCCGGCAACGACAAAGGAUCCCCUCCCGACCCGGCCCCGCAACCGGACGACCGGCCCCUCACGGCGGUCUGCAUCGACAUCCGCAUGCCCCGGUCCUCCGAGACGGCGGCGGGGGUCUUUUUCGAGGACCACCCGCGCUUCCGCGGGGGAUGCCACGGGACCGGGAACUUUUCCCGCUGGGACUACGUCGAGGGGAACCUCGAGGGAAUCGUCGCGGACCCCUCCACCCUGCUGGUGGGGAUCCACGCCUGCGGGAGGCUCUCCGACACCAUCAUCGACCUGGCCGUCGGCGCGGGGGCCCCGCUGGCCCUGGUCCCCUGCUGCCACUCGAAAAAGAUUCUGACGGACCGGCAGGCCGAGGGCUUUGCGGCGCUGGUGGCGGGCGCGGGCAGGGGAACCGAACACGAAAAAGGACGCGCCCACGCGCCAAUCCCCUCGUACACGCUGGCGGAUUUCAUGGACGCCCACCGGAAGCAGCGGCUCGUCGACGCGGGCUAUUCCGUCGCGGAGGUCCGGAUCCCGGUGGAGUUCACCCCCAAGAACCGGAUCCUCCUGGCCGUCCCGCCGCCGGCCGGGGCGGCCCCCGCGCCGCCGCCGCCGCGGCGGCGGUUCCCGAAAAAGAAACGGGGCUGGGGGAUCCCCCUCGACAUCCCCGUGGCCGACACGGAGGCCGCGAGGGCCGCCGUCCGCGCGAUGGCCGGGAGGGAGGCCGCGGACCGGCGGAGGGAGGAGGCCCACCCCCCGCCGUCCAUCUGCAUCGGCGUGUGGCUCCCCCGCGAGGGGGAGGCCGGGACCCCGGACGCGAAAGCCGCCCCCGCCUUUACGGCCGAGGCCCUGCAGGCCGUGAUCGACCGCGAGCUGUUUGCCGAAGCGUCGGCUGCGGGAGACACCGCUUUGGCCGGCGGCGGCGCGAAAAAACCCCGGCCGCUGGUCACCGUCGAGAACGCCGAGCACAAGCCCUACGUCCACCGCACCGACGGCCGGGUGUCCAGGACCCUUCGGCUGUACUACCACGACUGCCGGCACGACAAGGCCCGGGCCCGGGAGCGCCACAGGCGCCUCCGGGAGGUGACGAUCCCCCUCCACUUUCCGGGCGUGACGAUUCGGGACUGAACGAAAAGACCACCGAGCGAGCGAGAACACAGACGGUCCCACAGACGGUCCCACCGCGCUGAACCGCUUCGCGUCCUGCUGCUGCUGCUGCUGCUGCUGCUACUACAACUACUACUGCCGUGCUGCUUGUGGCUCCGGGGUCCAAGCCGUUUCGCAUUCCUAUCUAUAGUAACGUU